UUUAGAAGAACCUCGCUUUCCCCCUUCUUUGUAGUUAAGCAGGCAGAGAAGCGGCGUUUUUCGUUACUGCAGGGAAGUGGGACGAGCGCCUGCGGCCGAGGGUCCGGGCCAGCACGCGGGCGAGGGGAGAUGCCGCUGCUGCAUCGAAAGCCGUUUGUGAGGCAGAAGCCGCCGGGGGACCUGCGGCCCGACGAGGAAGUUUUCUACUGUAAAGUUACUAACGAGAUCUUCCGCCACUAUGAUGAUUUUUUUGAACGAACUAUUCUGUGUAAUAGUCUUGUGUGGAGCUGUGCUGUGACUGGCAAACCUGGACUCACCUAUCAGGAGGCCCUUGAAUCAGAGAAAAAAGCAAGACAGAAUCUUCAGAGUUUUCCAGAACCACUAGUAAUUCCGGUUUUAUACUUGACUACCCUUACCCAUCGCUCAAGACUGCAUGAAAUUUGUGAUGAUCUCUUCAUUUAUGUCAAGGAUCGAUAUUUUGUUGGAGAAAUUGUUGAAGUAGUUAGGAACAAUGGUGCAAGAUUACAGUGUAAAAUAUUGGAAGCUAUCUCUCCAUCACAUCUCAAUGGGAUUGCUAAUGGACAUAUCAGCAGUACAGAUGGGGAAACAAUUAUCAUCAGUGAUAGUGAUGAAUCAGAAACACACAACAGUUCACCACAAAAUGGGAAGAAAAAAUCCACAAUUGAUCCCUCAUUGUUCAAGUACAAGGUGCAGCCCAUUAAAAAGGAAUUAUAUGAAUCAGUUGUGGUUAAAGCAUCUCAAAUAAGCCGGCGGAAACAUCUCUUUUCUCGUGAUAGACUAAAGCUUUUUCUGAAGCAACAUUGUGAACCACAUGAUGGAGUCAUUAAAAUUAAGGCAUCAUCUCUUACAAAAUAUAAAAUAGCAGAACAGCAUUUUUCCUACUUUUUCCCUGAUGAUCCACCCACAUUUGUCUUUAGUCCUGCAAGCAGACGAAGAGGGAGGCCUCCCAAACGAAUAUCUAUUAGUCAUGAGGAUGCAGUUGCUGGUAAGCAAACUAUUCAAGGAAAUGGGAAUAAAGCUACAAAGGAAAGAGAGAGACUUCUUAAACAAAAAGAAGAAAUGAAAUCUCUAGCUUUUGAAAAGACAAAAAAAGAAAAGGCCAAUGCAAUAGAAGCCAAGAAAAAAGAAAAGGAAUAUAAAGAGAAAAAGAAGGAAGAAUUAAAGAAAAUUGUUGAAGAAGAAAGAUUGAAGAAAAAAGAAGAGAAAGAAAGACUUAAACUAGAAAAAGAAAAGGAAAGAGAGAAGUUGCGUGAAGAAAAACGAAAGUAUAUUGAAUACUUAAAACAAUGGAGCAAACCUAGAGAAGAUAUGGAAUGUGAUGAUCUUAAGGAACUUCCUGAACCUACUCCAGUGAAAACCAGACUGCCCCCUGAGAUCUUUGGUGAUGCUCUAAUGGUGUUAGAGUUUCUUCAUGCAUUUGGGGAGCUUUUUGAUCUUCAAGAUGAGUUUCCCGAGGGAGUAACUCUAGAGGUUUUAGAGGAAGCUCUUGUGGGAAAUGAUAGUGAAGGCCCACUAUGUGAAUUGCUUUUUUUCUUCCUCACUGCCAUCUUUCAAGCAAUAGCUGAAGAAGAGGAAGAAGUAGCUAAAGAACAAAUAACUGAUGCUGACACCAAAGAUUUAACAGAGGCUUUGGAUGAAGAUGCAGACCCCACAAAAUCUGCACUGUCUGCAGUUGCAACUUUGGCAGCUGCAUGGCCGCAGUUACACCAGGGCUGCAGUUUGAAAAGCUUGGAUCUUGAUAGCUGCACUCUUUCUGAAAUCCUCAGACUUCACAUCUUAGCAUCAGGUGCUGACGUAACAUCAGCAAACGCCAAGUAUCGUUAUCAGAAACGAGGAGGAUUCGAUGCUACAGAUGAUGCCUGUAUGGAACUUCGUUUAAGUAAUCCUAGUCUGUUGAAGAAACUUUCAAGUACUUCAGUAUAUGAUUUGUUACCAGGGGAGAAGAUGAAGAUACUUCACGCUCUGUGUGGGAAACUACUGACCCUUGUCUCCACUAGGGAUUUUAUUGAAGACUAUGUAGACAUAUUAAGACAGGCCAAACAGGAGUUCCGGGAGCUCAAGGCAGAGCAACAUCGAAAAGAGAGGGAAGAAGCAGCAGCAAGGAUUCGUAAAAGGAGGGAAGAGAAACUUAAAGAACAAGAACAAAAGAUGAAAGAAAAAGAAGAAAAACUUAAGGAAGAAGAACAAAGAAAUCCUACAGCAGAAGUAUCUACUGGGGAAGAAGAACGAGAAGAUAUUGAUACUAGCACUGAAAGCAAAGAAAUUGAACAGAAAGAACAGGAUCAGGAUACAGCCACAGAGGAUGAAGAAGAUUUGGUAUUGCAUAAAAGAAGAAGAGGAAAAAGAGGGCAAAAUGGAUUUAAAGAAUUCUUAAGUCAAGAAGAUUCUGGUUACUCAAAGACUGAACCACUUACUGCUGAUGAAGAGAAAACUUUAAAACAGGAACAACAGAAAAAGGAGAAAGAUCUUUUGGAAAAAAUUCAAAGUGCCACAGCGUGUACCAAUAUUUUUCCCUUAGGUCGUGAUCGCAUGUAUAGGCGUUACUGGAUUUUCCCUUCUGUUCCUGGAUUGUUUAUAGAAGAAGAUUAUUCUGGUCUCACUGAAGACAUGUUGUUGCCUAAAUCAUCAUCAUUUCAAAAUAAUGUACAGUCUGUAGUGACAAGUGAACUUCAAGAAUCAAAUGAAACUGCAGAAUCUUUUAAGUCUGAAUCUACCUCCAAUGCCAACUCUACCCAGCUACCAAGGCCAGUGCGCAAGCCAAAUCGGUGGUGUUUUUAUAGUUCUCGGGAGCAGCUAGACCAACUAAUCGAGGCUCUUAAUUCCCGAGGAUAUAGAGAAAGUGCCUUAAAAGAAACUCUUCUACAAGAAAAAGGUAGAAUAUAUGAACAACUGGCCAAUUUUUCUAAAGAAAAAUUUCAUAUUCCAGAUAAACUUCAGAAUGAUAGCAAACCUAUUUGUGGCCGAGGAAAAAUAUCAAGUACACAUGAUACAUUCCAAAUAUCUGCAGAAAAGCAGCUUGAAUUGAGGCUUAGAGAUUUUCUUUUGGACAUCGAAGAAAGAAUCUACCAAGGAACACUAGGGGCAGUCAAGGUUGCAGACAGACAAACUUGGAGAGCAGCCUUAGAAAAAGGACGGUAUGAACUACUAAGUGAGGAAAACAGGGAAAAUGGGAUCAUUAAAUCUGUAAAUGAAGAUGUGGAAGAAAUGGAAAUUGAUGAUCAAGCAAAGUUCAUUGUAAAAGACAGACUGCUUGGAACCAAAACUGAAGUGCCAAAUACUGUUUCAGCCAAUACAAACACACCACAGCCAGUCAGUAAAGUGGUUCAUUGCCUGGCAACUGCACUACUUCAAAUAGAACAAGGCAUUGAGCGGCGAUUUCUCAAAGCACCACUUGAUGCCAGUGACAGUGGACGUUCUUACAAAACAGUCCUGGACCGUUGGAGAGAGUCUCUUCUUUCUUCUGCUAGUCUGUCCCAAGUCUUUCUUCAUCUUUCUACUUUGGAUCGUAGUAUCAUCUGGUCUAAGUCUAUACUAAAUGCUCGUUGUAAGAUAUGUCGAAAGAAGGGUGAUGCUGAAUGCAUGGUGCUUUGUGAUGGCUGUGAUCGAGGUCAUCAUACUUACUGUGUUCGACCAAAGCUCAAGACUGUACCUGAAGGGGACUGGUUCUGUCCAGAGUGUCGACCAAAGCAACGUUCUAGAAGACUUUCCUCUAGACAGAGACCAUCUAUGGAAAGUGAUGAAGAGACUGCAGAGCAGAUGGAAAAUGAAGAAGAAACAGAUUAUGAUGAAAUAGGACAGAGUGAGGAAGAGGAAUAUGAGAUGGAACAGGAUGAAGAUGACUAUUCUCGAGAAGAAGAAGAAAUGAUAACCCCACCCAAACGAGGAAGACCACAACUCAGAUUCCCAGUAAAAACAAGAGGCAGGCUCAGUACUUCUUUUUCAAGUCGUGGUGGUCAGCGACAGGAUUCUGGAAGAUAUACUUCACGGAAUCAGCAGAUUAUACCCAAACCAACUGGAUCUUCAUCUAAAACUACUCGAAGAAAUCUAAGAAAGAUAAAAUCUUCUCCUGCUACGGAAACUAAAGCUUCUUUAAGACUUACCAGCCGUUCUACUCGUCAGAAUCAUGGUUCAUUACAAGCAGAUGUGUUUGUGGAACUAAUUAGUCCUCGAAGAAGGCGUAGAGGCAGGAAGACUGCUAAAAAUAUACCAGUGAACAGUCCUUCCAACUUCCCUAACUUUAGAGUCAUUGCCACAAAGUCAAGUGAAGAAGCAAGACUUCUGCAUUCUACACCUAAAGUUUCUGUUCAGGAUGGAGAAUCCAAGAGAAGAGGCAGGAAGAGACAAUCCACAGACUCAUCUCCUAAGACAGUGAACCGAAGGAGUUCAGGCAGACAAGGUGGAGUCCAUGAAUUGUCAGCUUUUGAACAACUUGUUGUAGAACUAGUACGACAUGAUGACAGCUGGCCUUUCUUGAAACUGGUUUCCAAGAUCCAGGUACCAGACUACUAUGAUAUCAUCAAAAAACCUAUUGCCUUAAAUAUAAUCCGUGAAAAAGUGAACAAAUGUGAAUAUAAACUAGCUUCUGAGUUUAUUGAAGAUGUUGAGUUAAUGUUUUCGAACUGCUUUGAGUACAACCCUCGUAAUACAAGUGAAGCAAAAGCUGGAACUAGACUUCAAGCAUUUUUCCACAUUCAGGCUCAAAAGCUUGGACUGCAUAUACCUGGUAAUGUGGACCACAAUAUGUCUCCAGCUGCAAAAAAGUCACGGAUAUAACUUUGUCUUUCUAAAGGAUUUAUUCUGAGGAAAACCUAAUGCUAUUCAUGAAAAUGGAAUAUUAAAUCAUGCUACAAAGCAGUCAUAUCAUAAAGCAGUAACAACUGUUUAACCACUUUGAAGUGUGGCGUGCACUAUGUUAUAAGAUUUUAAUAUUAAGCACUCAGGAGAAUGUAGGAAAGAUUUCCUUUGCUACAAUUUUGUUCAUUGUCUGUUUGAUAGACGUAUUGGAUACAGUACUUGUUUACAGAGGUUUUAACAUAUUUUAAAGGUCAUUCAUGUGUCCAAGUAUCUUGCAAAAAUAAUUAUUUUCUACACCUUUGACUUGUUUUUCAUCUUUUACUUCUUUUUCUAGACUCUGUGGCAUUAUGGGGGUUUUAUUAAUAUAAAUGAGAUCUUCUAUUUUAGCACAGUUUAGAAAUUGUAAAUGACUAAGAAUUGUUUUAUGAGCACAUCCUUUGAACACUACACAUGAAUGAGUACAAUUUUUUGCAUAUCAUUAAGAGUGCUGUACCAGUGCUAGCUGGAGGUAUUCAGUUGGAGUUUAUUAAGUAGAUAUUUAUUUAGUAUUCAAAGAAAUUUGUGGAUUUGUUUUUGUAUUUAUAAAAUUUGUACCUGGAAAAAGUUCCUUAAAUUUUUUUAAAAAAAAAAUUUACUGUGUUUUUGUUUAUUCCUCUAACUUUUCCUAAUGAUCAUCCGAAAAAGGCAACAUCCUCCCUUUUCCCUGGCAGUUCUUCCAGCGAUAAGUAGCUUUUACAGAACUGUAUUAUAAGUUUCAGUGUACAACUUUAUAAGUGUACAAAUAAAAUGAUACAUUUUUCAAAGUA